CGAGGUUUCAUUCGCAAAGUCCGACGGCAUACAGCGUAAAGCAGCGAUGGCGUCAUUGCCGCAUGAGUUAGAUACUAAUGCCGUGUGGUUCGUCACCGGAUGCUCCUCUGGCAUCGGCAAAUCCCUUGCAAAAACAAUCUACAACGCGGGUCAACGCAUCGUCGCCACUGCACGCGAUGUGACAUCUCUUUCCUAUCUCCCAGAUGACCCAACAGUUCUCAAACUACAUCUAGACGUGACACGCCCAGAGACAAUUACCCAAGCAAUUGCAGACGCGAUCGCUCAAUUCCACGGAAUCGACGUCUUUAUCAAUAAUGCCGGCUACAGCCUAAUGGGUGACAUGGAAGGAAUUCCUGACGCUGAUGCACGCCACCAACUCGAGACGAACUUUUGGGGUCCGGUCCAUGUUACCCGUGAAGCGCUCCGAGUCUUUCGCGAAACUAAUGGUCCCGCUCGCGGUGGGACUGUUGUUCAAGUAUCUUCCAUGGGAGGAUGGAUAACUGCUCCAGGCCAUUCGUUCUAUCACGCCAGUAAAUUUGCACUAGAAGGCUUCACGGAAUCAGUAGCUAAAGAAGUCGAUCCCAGCUGGAACAUUAGAUUCUUACUGGUAUCCCCGGGUGGUGUUCGGACCAAUUUUGCCGGAUCCAGUCUCAAGCAAACCCCACGCCAUCCUGCAUACGAUGAUCCAAACAGUUCAUUCAGCCAGUUGAUCAAAUAUGUCACAAACCCCGAGUCGCAGUCUACAUGGAGCGAUCCAGAUAUAUGUGCACGGGUACUAUUCGAGAGUGUGACUGGUCAGCAUGGACGUCCCUUGCCGAUGCGUUUACUUAUGGGGGCGGAGUCGAUUCCACUGAUCAAGGAUGAUAUUCAACGGACUUUGAAGGAUAUUGAUACUUGGCAGGACGAGACGGUGCGAUGUUCGCCGGGUGGAGGUGCGGUGCUUAAUAUUUAA